GGACAGCGGGCAUCGGGUCACCAGGCAUCAGGUCAUUUGGCUCGACCGCGGGCACCGCGUCAUCUGGCAAGGCAGGGCAGUGGGCCCGAGUCAACUGGUAUGACCGCGGGCACUGGGUCAGACAUUGGAUCGUCUGACUGGACAGCGGGCAUCGGGUCACCAGGCAUCAAGUCAUUUGGCUUGACAGCGAGCACCGCGUCAUCUGGCAAGGCAGUGGAUUCCGAGUCAACUGGCAUGACCGCGGGCACUGGGGCAGACAUUGAAUCGUCUGGCUGGACAGCGGGCAUCGGGUCACCAGGCAUCAGGUCAUUUGGCUCGACAGCGGGCACCGCGUCAUCUGGCAAGGCAGUGGGCUCCGAGUCAACAGGCACAACAGUGGGCACCGGGGUCAUCAGGUACCGGAUUGUCUGGCUCGACAGCAGGCAUCGGGUCACCAGGCAUCAGGUCAUUUGGCUCGCCAGCGGGCACCGCGUCAUCUGGCAAGGCAGUGGGCACCGAGUCACCAGGUACGACAGCGGGCUCUGAGUCAAUUGGCACGACAGCGGGCACCGGAUCAGGUACCGGAUCAUCUGGAUCAACAGCGGGCAUCGAGUCAACUGGCCUAAUAGGAUCAGAGGCAUCAGGCUGCAUACAGGCAUCAGGCUGAAGAGAGGCAUCAGGCUGCAUACCGGCAU